AUGGCGUCGGAUAAAUCGAUAUCGGAUUUUUCUGAUCACUUAGAGGCUCAACUUCGACGAAAAAGGAAGUCUCGUGUUCUGCUACCCAGGAUAAAAGGUGAUUUGGAUGAUGUGAAGAGAAGUAUUGGGAAGUUACCAGGCAAAAAGCAAGCUUUGGCAGUAGGGAAAAUGAAUGAAGGAGAAGAUAUCAAAUCGCGAUGGCAAAAUAUGUUCAGAAAGUUUGACGCCAUACAUAAGGGGGAAAUAGAAGACAAAUUAAGGAAGAAACGCAAAGAAAUGUUUACAAAACUUGAUAAAAACCGUAGCAGUGAGAAAGAGCGAGAAGGCAGCGGUGGAAAGUUAACAGACGAUGAGAUUAGAAACUUGGCCAAGUUUAUAGCACACAAAGAAAACUAUCGUUUUGAUCAAGAAAAACAAGUGCUAGAAAUGGCUGCAAGAGAGUCUGAAAGAAAUGUUGACAGAGAAAAAGAAGUCGAGGAACGAAACGCAGUUGGUAAACAGCAAGAAAAAGGUUUAAAUCAGCAAUCACAAAAAGUGAAUCAAAGUUCAGAUAGGCAUGUAACUGCUGGAAUGUUGACAGUGGGGAAAACCAGGGAGAAAGUUAUGGACGAAGAACAGAGUAAAGAGGAAUUGGGCCAAGUGCUAGAAGAGGAUAAAAUCAAGGAGGGUAAUGAAAGAAAGCAGGGAGAAAACAGGGAGGUCGAUGAUUCUGAUCAAGAUCAACACAGUAAUCAAAACAAAGAAGUGAUGAUGGAUGAUUCGAUGCGAAGCGGUAAUCAAGGCAAUCCAGCUAAUCGCUCAAAUGCCGAAAUAAAACAGGAUCAACUCAAUAGAGAGGUCAAAAGCUCUUCUGAUGAAAAGGAGAGUACAGUUGAGCGAAAGGAAGGAGCAUCUGCUGAGCAAAACAGUGAUGAAUUGAAUGAAAAAUCAAAUGUCAAAACGAAUGGAAAAUUGCCAGCAAAUGAGAAAAUGCAAAAACAGCUCGAUGAAAAUGGAAUGGUGAAAGAGACAAAUAACAGUAGAGAAGACGAGAAGCACAGUAAUGAAAAAAGGUUGAGAGAAUACGGUGAAAAGUAUGUGGGUGAUAAACGGGAACAAAAGAAUACUGAGAUGAAAGUUAAGGAUUCAAAUGAAAGGAGCAAGAUUCGAAAGGUAAAUGAAGAGGGGGAGCAGAGAGUAAACGCGAAGGUUGAUAAAAACAAGAUAGAGAUAGUAAGAAGCGGUACUGGUGGAAAGAUGCCUUUGGUACAAUCAUUACAAAAGGUAGGAAGUACCAGAAAAGGAGCAGUUAAAAAAGAGCAAAAAGAAAUAAGUGGUGAUGCAACUGCAAAAAACAAAAGAAGCAAAGAGAAAGCUGGACUUUUGGUGAAAAGAAAGCAGAGUUAUGUUAAUUCAGUUAUCAAGAAAAGGGUUAAUGAUUUGAAUAAAGAACAUAAAAGAAAGCUUAAUUUCUAUGGUAAAAAAAUAAACAACAAGAAUGAGAAAUGA